GUUUGGUUGGCAACUUCAAACCUGACGGAGCUGACACGGGCUGGACCUUUGCAAGAGAUGCACCGACGCGUCGCCACCGUGGCCGCGGCGACCGCGCUCCGGCGGCUGUCCCACCACCGCCCGCCUCCCCGGCCGGACUCGAGGCUCGCCUUCCUCCGCUCCGAGCUCGACGACCUCGAGCUUUCCCACUCCCACCAACCACCAACACCACCUCUUCCUCCUCCUCCUCGGGAGCAAUGCCAAAUAGCAGAAGAGCCAAGAAGUGGUCGCGCUCUCGCAGGCGGGAGACCGGCGGCCGUGGAUAUAGCGCACCCGUGGCCGGAGUGGGUGGCGCUGAUGGAGCUUCUCCUCCGGAAGGGCCACGUCGACCCUUCCCCCUUCGCCGCCUGCUCCGGCUCGCCGUCCAAGGACACCAACCUUGUUCGCACUGCCUGCCUCCGCUUUGGGCGUGAGCGCCCGGAGCUUAUCAGGCAUAUAUCAAGAUGGGAUAUUCAGGUUGCCCUGCGAUGUGGCUGCCCCAGCAUUGACAGGAAAGUUGUUAAUUCUGGGAAGCGAUUGCGGGCUCAUGUAGGCCUUGAUGAAGGAGAGGUUUGCAGCCAAUGCAAUUUAAGGGGAAGUUGCGAGAGGGCCUACAUAAAGGCUAGAAAAGAGGAAGUUGGAAGAACUGUGGAUGUUAUGCGCAUCCUUUUGACUUAUGGUCUUGAUAUCAUUACUGGCCAUGUAGAGAACAGAGCUUGCCUGAACAAAACGGUCAAGGAAUCAAUAAAGAACCUACUGAACGAAGUUGUCGAGGUCGAUUCUAGGGGACCUGGUUCCAGCUCUGCGAAAUCUGCAAAACACAAAGGUCAAUCUGCUGUACCCAUGAAGCAGGGUGAUUGGAAUUGUCCCAAAUGCGACUUUCUGAACUUUGCAAAGAAUAUCAAAUGUUUGCGCUGCAAUGGAGAGUUCCAAGAGAGGUAUCAGUUGCUGCAUGAGGACCAAGAGCAUCUACCUCUCAAAAAGGGUGACUGGAUAUGCAAAAAGUGCAACUUUUUGAAUUUUGCAAAGAAUACAAGAUGCUUGCAAUGCCAUGAGAAGCCAACAAACCGUUUCCUUAACCCAGGAGAAUGGGAGUGUGCCUCGUGCAAUUAUUUGAACUUCAAGAGGAAUGCAUUCUGCUUGAAAUGUGGUUGGAAGAGACCAAAAUCUUUGAACAGCCAAGACAGUAUUGAACCACAGCAUGAUCUGAAACAUAAUAAGAAUCCGACUAUUUCAUUUGUUCAAGAUGGCGUCCAAUUAAAAAAGUGGCAAAUUGCAGAAAAAAUUAAUCCACUAUCUGACGAAGAUUCAGAUUUCUGGAGCUCAGAGGAGGAUCAGGGUGAUAACGGUGCUAACAGUAUGCUCCCAAUGCAGAAGGACUGCAAGUUCCUUGAAAGUUUUCCCAUUGUUGGGGGCAGGACUGCUAUUUCCCAAGAUCCUCUUGCAAGGGAGAAAUGGAAGGAAGAAAUGUCCAAGAGAAACAAUGGGCUUCCAAUAAAGGAAUCACAAGAACAUAAUCAGCCUUUUAACCAUGUCCGUCUUCCAAGAAGCAUGGAGCUGGUUGAGUCUGAUGAUGAUAUUGCGUCCUGGUUUUUGGGUGGGGCUAAUAGUAGAAACCUGGAGAAGACAACCAGAUUUCUGUAGAUUGUUAUGACUUGUGAAAUUUCAUCUGUAAAAUUUACAAACAUUUAGAAUUAUUGAAAUUCAGGCAAAAAAAAAAACUCACUGGAGAACUGUA